UCAGGAUGCGCGAGGAGAGCGGAGGAGAGGGGAAGAGAGAGGGGAAACCGCCGAUGGUGAAGGGUCCAGGGCUCGGUUAACGGGGAAACAAGGAUACCGGCCCAUCUCUGUUUGUCCUGGGCAGCUGGGCAAUGACAGACUCACCGAACGGGGGACUUUGAGAUAUGAUGAGGCUUUUUUCUGGUUGGUUAUAGUACUAUGAUUUGGUAUGUGGCCACUUUGAUAGCAAGUGUAUUCAGCACCCGAGGAACGGCCGCUCAAGGUGCCCACGGAGUGCGAGAGGAGCCCCAGUUUGUGAAGGCACGCGCAGGAGAGAGCGUCAUAUUGGGAUGCGACGUGCCUCACCCGCUGAACGGAAAGCCCUAUGUGGUGGAGUGGUUCAAGUAUGGAAUGCCAAUCCCUUUCUUCAUCAACUUUCGCUUCUACCCUCCUCAUGUGGACCCAGAAUAUGCUGGUCGGGCCAUUCUGCACGGCAAGUCGUCCCUGCAGAUAGAGAACGUGCGUUCAGACGACCAGGGCUGGUACGAGUGUAAAGUGCUCAUGCUGGAGCAGCAGUAUGACACCUUCCACAACGGCAGCUGGGUGCAUCUGACUGUCAACGCCCCUCCCACAUUCACAGACACACCACCUCAGUAUGUCGAGGCCAAGGAACGGGGGAGCAUCACGUUGAGCUGCACGGCGUUCGGCAACCCAAAACCCUCUGUCAGCUGGCUGCGAGAAGGCAGUCGUCUGAUCAGCAGUGCCAAGUAUAAGGUGUCUGAUGGGAAUUUGACGGUGCUAUCCAUCACCCGGGAAGAUCGCGGGGCCUACACAUGCCGAGCCUUCAGCCCCCAGGGAGAGGCCAUUCACACAACAAGGCUGCUAGUCCAAGGCCCUCCGUUUAUUAUCUCACCACCAGAGAACAUAACAGUGAACAUCUCGCAGGAUGCCUUCUUCACCUGCCAGGCGGAGGCCUAUCCUCGCAACUUGACAUACACCUGGUUCUGGGAGGAGGACAACGUCUUCUUCAAGAAUGACCUCAAGCGGAGAGUCAGUAUUCUCAUUGAUGGCUCCCUCAUCAUUGUGCAAGUCAAGCCGGAGGACACUGGGAAAUACACCUGUUCCCCCAGCAACAGCCUAGGCACACCGCCGUCUGCCUCUGCCUACCUAGCAGUGCAAUAUCCUGCCCGUGUGGUAAACAUGCCAUCUGUCAUUUAUGUGGCCAUUGGCCUCCCAGGCUUCAUCCGCUGCCCAGUAGAUGCCAACCCCCCUCUGACUCUGGUUAAGUGGAAAAAAGAUGGCCUCCCUCUACGGAUAGACAAGUACCCUGGUUGGAGCCAGAUGGAUGAUGGGAGCAUCCGUGUUGCAGAGGUGACAGAGGAUUCUCUUGGCACCUACACCUGCAUGCCUUACAAUGCCCUGGGAUCCAUGGGAUGGUCUCCUCCUGCUCCCCUGGUGCUAAAGGACCCUCCAAAAUUCUCUGUGGUUCCUGGAGGGGAGUACAGGCAGGAGGCUGGAAGGGAGCUUGUCAUCCCAUGUGAAGCAGAGGGAGAUCCUUUUCCGAAUAUCACAUGGAGGAAGGUAGGGAAGCCCAGUAAAAGCAAGCACAAUGUUCUGCCUCGGGGCAGCUUACAGCUGAAGUCGCUCACAAAGGAUGACCACGGGGAGUGGGAGUGUGUCGCCACCAACGUUGCCACAAGCAUCACUGCCAGCACGCAUGUCCAAGUCAUAGGCACAAGCCCCCACUCCCCCACCAGCGUCCGAGUCGCCACCUCCUCCACCUGGGCCAACGUGUCCUGGGAGGCCAGCUACGACGGAGGCUUCCAGCAGACAUACUCAGUCUGGUACGGCCAUGUGCUGAAGAGGGAGCGUUUAGGUCCACACGACUGGGUUUCCAUACCAGUACCUGGAGGCCAGGACUGGAUGGCGGUGCCGGGCUUGGAGCCAGAGACAACGUACCAGUUUAGUGUCCUGGCCCAAAAUAAGCUUGGCACAGGCCCUUUCAGCGAGGUCGUCACUGUGAACACUCUAGUAUUUCCUACAAGUACCCCUGAACCAUUGGUGCUGCUUACCCCACCACGGUGCCUCACAGCCAAUCGCACGCAGCAGGGAGUCCUGCUCACCUGGAUCCCACCUGCCAAUCACACAGCACCUAUCCAGCAUUAUGUAAUGGAGUUCCGUCUGGGGGAACGAUGGGAGAUCUUGGAUGACAGCAUUCCUGCAGGAGAGCUGGAGCUGCUUGCCCGAGACCUUAUCCAGGAGGCCUGGUACGAGUUUCGCAUCAUGGCCGUCAUGGAUGACACGGUCAGCGAGCCCAGUAACGUGGUGGGAGUGUCCAGCACAGAUUUCUUCCCCCCUCCAGAGAUGGUGGAGGAGCGUGGGCUGACGCGGCCUGUGGUGGCUGGCAUCGUGGCCACUAUCUGCUUCCUGGCUGCAGCUGUCCUCUUCAGUACAAUGGCCGCCUGCUUUGUCAACAAGCAACGCCGGAAGAAGCUCAAGAAGAAAAAAGAUCCCCCUUUGUCCAUAACCCACCUGAGAAAAAGCAUGGAAACACCGAGUCCACUUAGUUUCUUUCCCAGCCUUGAGUCCUACUGGGAAGGGUUGGCUGCACAGUACAAACCACAAUCCUCCAGUCCUCAGUCAUCUUCAGGAAAGGUGAGUCCGGAGAGCAUACGUUCAAAGGCAUCUCCAUCAGAAUCGUCCGAAGAGAAUCAUGACCAGCGUGGAAGGAAACCUCCUCCCAGUCCAGGAAGGAAAGAAGAGUUAUCCUUAUACAAGAAGACCAAAAGAGCAAUAACAAGCAAGAGGUACAUGUCCAAGCAUGAAGCUGAACCAACAACACCUAUUGAACUUAUCAGUCGAGGCCCAGAUGGACGAUUUGUCAUCGAUCCCACUGAAGCAGAAAUGUCAGUCAAGCCCCGCCGUAUUGAGGGCUUCCCCUUUGUGGAAGAAUCAGACCUUUACCCAGAAUUUCGGCAGUCGGACGAAGAGAAUGACGAUCCCAGGCCUCUUCCACCAGUUAUGGCACCGCUUCGGCCUCACCAGAUUUCCCCAAUCUCCAGUCAGGAAUCUUACCUCCAGCCUCCAGCCUACAGUCCUCGUUUUCACAGGCCUUUUGAAGGUAUGACCAUCAUGGAGAGCAGCCAGCUCCAUGCCACGGGACAGAUCCGAGGCUCUCUCCACCAUAGAGCUUUCUAUGGCUAUCUAGGACCACCAGGAGAUCACGAUCCCCCGCCUCCUUUCUACAUGCCCGAUACCAGCCCUCUGAGGUCGGUCAUGUCCUCUCCUCCAUACUUUGCGGAGGGUCCUUUUGCGCACCACAUGAUUCCUGAAGAAAUCGGAGCGGGUGAAUUUCCACAAUACGCCGUGUCCAGCUUCCCACUCCCUCUGACACUGACCUCUUCCUCUCACUCACCAGAGAUUUGGCAGGGACUAGAUUUUACCUUUUCAAGUCUGGAGGGGCCUCAAUUUAUAUUCCCCCCACACCACCCUCGGCAUACCCGCCAUGAUCCUCCCUACGCCUCUCCACCUCAUGUUCUUCCCCUUAGCGCUUUCCAGCACUCUUCCCUUCCAAUGCCUACCUACCCAACAGUCCUGCCACUUGAGGCCCCAAGCGGCAGGAUGUCAAGGAGUCAUAAAAGCAAGUCUCCCAGCAAGGCCAGGCCUCAUGGCUCCCCAGCCAGGCAUUUAGCUAUGCAAGAGGCACAUUUAGGGCAGCUAAGACCUUCAGGCCAUAGUAUGGGUGUGCCAGUUUUGUCUUAUACUGACCCAAUGGCUCAUAUCGUCCCUAGCACGUUCAGUAAUCUGGAUACACGAUGGUUUGAAACCACCCCCCGUUUUAGUCCCAGACAGACUCGUAGGAUGGAUUCUGGCUUGCAUCAGGUGGUUCUUCAACCCUCUCGACUUUCACCCCUUACGCAAAGCCCCCUUAGCUCUCAAGAGGGCUCCCCAGAGAUUGUAGUGCGCCCACGCCCACGUCCAAGCAUUGUGCAGCCUCCCAUGCCCCCAGGGAUGUCUGAGAUUACCCUGCUUCCACCGUCCACAGCCAGCUUUUCAAGGAGAUCAUCCCCAUCCUCAUCACCUGCUCAAGGUCAGGGUAGCAGGAGAACAAGCCCCAGCUACCGUUCCCACAUGGCUUUUGCCACCGCUGCAACCAGUUACCCAGCUUCCCAGUCCCCAUCGCCCCCCAUGGAAAGCAGCAGCAUAUUUGGGCAAAUGCCAGCUCAUAGGAGGACUGAGGAGGAGAUCCUUCCAUCUGAGCCCUCUCCACCCCAGUUGUCAGCUUCAGGAAAACGUCGAGGUGCGUCGAGUGCCCAUUUGGGGUCUGAGAGGAGUGAUGCACUGAGAUACCAGCGCGUUAGAAAGGCCAAGAAGAUGACGAUGAACAACAAUAACUCAAAAACCAGAAAGAAAGCAGGUGUCUCCACCUCUCAGACCCAGCAGGCCUACACCUCUCAGGUACUCCAGCCCGAAGAAGCGCUCUACCUCUGCAAGAAGAAGAAACGGCCCCUUCUUCAUGACCCGUAUGCUCGCUUUUCUGCUCUGCUGUACCGCCGUCCACCACGGGAGGACCAGAAGGCCAUUUUAGCAAGCAUGGACAACAUGGACCUAGACCACGCCACCUUCCUCUGAAAGGCCCCAGGGAUGAGGUCACAACUAGGGACAGGCUCCCAUUACCAUUCCAUCAAUACGCUGCAGUUAGACAAGACAGCAAAGUCAGUGGAAUGUCUUUAUUUCCAUUAUCUACAAAAUGGAGUAUAUGUCAGAGUACAGAUUUAGUGCAAUCUGUAGGUUCACACUUGUUUUAUUGAAUCUGCAUUCAUCAGUAAAUUGCUGUUGACAAUAACCUAGAGUACUCUAGGGUAUAAACUGAACAAAGACUUCUAAAUCUAAACAUUUUCUAGUAAAAAAUUAUAUUCUAGUACAAAUCAGUUUGUCUCGGUUUACUUUAACAAAGAGUAGUACGGAAGAGAAUCUAGAGUGAUCUCCCAGAUUGGAGUUGCAGCUGUAAGAUAGUUCCUGUGGAAAAAAGUCUGGAUGAUUUGUUAAAAAAAACGUACUGCUAAGGGACGCGCCGAGACACAAACGUGUCCUGCAUCAUUUUAAAUCAGCUAGUACAUCCUCCUGAAAGUGAUUUUACUGAUUUUGAGAUUCCAAUUGAACAUUUACUCCAGUGCAAAAGUCAACAUUUUACAAACAAGUGGCGGGACUUUAAUCAUUCAACACAGUUUCCCCCAAAGUUGUUCCGGAGUCCCCUUUAUUGAGAGAGUCUAAAUGACUGAUGCUAAGUUGAGCUGGGUCUGUUUUCCACUGACUCCGGUCUCCCUCCCACACCUCCGUUUACAGGUCCUUCCAAUGAAUUCUCUGCCUCACAUUUAAGGACGAUCUUACUUCCUACCAACUUUACCUCAGAGCAGACGAGACCACACAACCGCCGGAGUCGACCAGCUCAGCUCUUUGACUUCUCCUGUCCAAAUAAGAAACACUCUUUCUUCACUACUGCAAUGCUGAAAAUGUACCUUUCCUCUGGUUUUAAAAGGGGCCAUAUAUUUCCUAUCCAGCUAACCUACAUCAGAAAAUGCCGAAGCUAACCAGAAGCUGACAUUCUCAGCUUUUCUGCUCUGCUGUAAAUAAUCAGGACAGGAACUCACUUGUUUUAGGAAUGUCAAAAGAAAUGAAAAAAACAAAAACCUUUAACUUAUUUCCUCACUCUAAGCUACACUCUUUAUUUGUUAUAAUCCAGUCCACUGCGAUGCAUUCAAAAGGCAAAUCAGAUGUGGAGAUGUGGCAUUUUCAACCAUCACCAUAGAAAUCGUUACGUUUAGUAGGAAGCAGUACACAUGCUCCGUUUACAAGAGCUUCUGCUUAAACAAGUGCUACUUUUGUCUGACAGCUGUUUGCACUGGAGCAAAAAUCUCAUCAGUUUCAUUACAUUUGCUUUUUCUGUUUUUUUGUGCCACUGAGGGCUCCAAAUUCUGUUGAGAAACUCUUUGCCAAAAGUUUUAUUUAAAAUUUGAGUAGAUGUUGGAUAGGAUUUUGUACCUUGGUCUAUCAGUGUAAACAUAAAGAACACACUGUUUUCUUUGGCCUGAAAAAUACCGUUUUGCCUGUUUUACUUACUUUUUUUUUUUUAUUGUGCUCCAUUUUCUUUGUAUUUUCUUCUUAUGCGAGUUGAUCUGUGUUCAGAGAAAAGCAGAACACAUUUAAGGUAAAACAAAGUGAGCCAAAAAAGUUGUGUUUAGCUGCAUUUUCCACUGGCAUUAGCAGAGCUUUACUGUUUAUCUGCGUUUUGUUUAAAACUGCAUGAGAACGAGGACACUCAAAAAGGACUUUUCAUUUACAACAAGGUGCCAUAACUGCAUCAACUGCAUCCUACUCUGCAUAUUCUGCUGCUAGAUGGCGCUCUAACUCACAAACGGUGGACAUGCGCAGCAACAAUUAACCCGACAUUGUCUUUUUUUUUUCCUUUCUUUUUUUUUUUUUUUUAACCUCAAUGGUGCUCAGUUUCUUUGAUUUGUGCAAGUACUUUAAAAUCUCACGGGGACAUUUGCUGUGAAAAUGUCUCAUGUCGGAUAUGCAUUUUAUUUGAUUCUUUUCUUAAGCUGCUGGUCCUACAAAGCCUUCAGACGUUUGUCAUGUCUAUCAUUUUCAUUUGUUUGGUCUGGUUAAGGUAUUUCCACAGUACAUGCAGAUAGGAGUGCUAACCGUGGGCUAAUCGGGAAAAUAUAUAUAAAAAAAUGUAUAAUGAAAAAAUAUGACAAAAUUUCAUUUACAUUUUCAUAAAACUAACAAGAAAACUGUUCAAAAAAGAUGCACACAUGCAGGUCACAUCUAAAUAAAUUAGAAUGUCCUGGUUUCACAAAGAGUGAUAUAUUUCUAUUUCUAUAAUUAUGGCUUAAAGCAAAUGAAAACCCAAAUAUAUUGAAUUUAACAAAUCCCAGCAGAGGAAAAUAAGCUUUGAUUGUUAAAAACCGACAGCGUGCAGCUGAUGAUCGCAGAGCAGUGACGUACAACAGCUGUCACAAACUGGUUUUGUUGGGGACACUAGAUCAGUACAUCCCUUCUAAAGAUGGGUAGACCCCUGAAGUUGAUUGGUGAGUUGCUGAGAGCUGUAGAGAGCAGAAAGCUUCCCUAACAGCGUCUGAUGUUAAAGAAUGAGGAACCAGAGGCUGAUACGCUGUACUGAUGUAGAAAUUCAUACAAAAGGAGAUCCAUCCAGUUACUGACUACAUGUACCGCACAGUAUAAGAACAAACUUUUUAACGGGACCAAAUUUCUGCAUUAAAAACAUCCAUUUUGUUACUAUUAUGUAACACAGCAAUUCUGUUUUACUAAAUUUUUGGUUUUCAUUUGCUAGAAGGCAUAAUGAUCAAAAUGAACAGACAGUAAACAGUAAUUUACAACGUAUUGAUUAGGAUUUAAUGAAUCGCUCAUAUGUUCUCGUGUUUUGGGUUAAAAUGGAAACGUGCCUCCACAGAUGUCAUCUAGUGUGGAAAUAACUUAAAAUUGAUCACAUAUAUGUCUGUAUGAACAAAUGUAAAUCCUCAAUCUUGCUUCAACGUUACUACUAUUGUCAACAGAUAGAUCAAGCAGCAACAGCUCGUCAACGGCUAAUCAUUGGCGAUAUCCUUUAGCGUUCUGAGGUAUUCUAAGGUCUAGCUCAAACACAAACACUGUCUUCACAUUCUGAUGUGACGGUGAUUGAUCACAGGUGCUUCAGCAGUGGUGUCAAAUAGGGGCUCUUCAAUCAGCUAUAGGUGCUACAAGAGGAGCUGACAGAUCCUUCCAAAAAAAAAAAAAAAAAAAGAGGACAAACCCUCACAUCUGGAACUGUAUUUUUCUAGUUCUUGAGGGGAAAUAAGAGGAUGUCGGAAGUCCUAACUGGAUUCAAAAUCCCAUCGGGAAAGAGAGCUAAAACUGGUCAAACUGAUGUUGCCACCAUAAUAAAAAAUUAUGUAUUGCUGUUAAAAGAAAAAACAGGGUGUCUCGGAUUCCCUUUUGCUUUGAUUGACUGUCACAAUCGACUCCUUUUGGGAGAGAAGGGGUUGUGAACCGGAUGGUGGGAUUUCCAGACACAUUUGAAAACCUGCAGCAGUCGAAGCAGACAUGAGAGCGAUGCGUAUGAAUUUCCUAAUUGAGGCGUGGUUAUAUUUUACAGUAUGACAGUUUAAUUGUGUCAUAUGAGAUAAAGCGAAACUGUUCUCAAAAUACUGAAAACCAGACUACGGUUAAAAUCGAUACAAAUUUCACAUAGCCUGCAUUAGCACCAAGCAUAUAUGUAUGCACUGUUUGUACGUGUUUGGUAUUUACACAGCGAGGUUCUUUUAAAAUCCAGUCUGAAGGGCAUGUCGCAUCAGAACUUGUUUCUUUGAGUUGUAGGUUUGAGGUUUCGUUUGUCCUGGAUGGCAGAUUUGGACUAAAUAAGCUGGACGUAAAGCGGCAGCUACAGUAACCGCAGUUAAGAUUCAUUAACUUAAAUAGAAAGGAGGGACGGUUUUUCAUUCUUCUUCCUGUUAGAACACUUAACCAUCCAGGAGAUGAAUCUGUCUCCCAGUGAUUCUGCUAUUUUUGUAUAACCACGAGAAUCAUAUAAAGGUGUAGAAUUGCAUCCGCUUUGGAUGUCUCAUGACGUUGUCAGUCGAUUGACUUUAAAGCUGUAGUCGUGUUCUUCUACAGACUACAGCUUAGUAGUGAAAGAAAAUGACAAACCGAAAUAAUCCCACCGUCUUUCUGUAGUCUCAGCUGGAAUGCUGCUAAAGAAGAAGCCGGAAGGGAGACAGUUAUUGACGUGAAAUCUGACUAUCGACAGUGAAAACGUCUGCAGUUUCACCAAUAAAGGUUUUGAUGUGACGUGAGUAGAGUUGGUAGAUCUGAACUGGAAAGAACCACACUUCAAAAAGCUAUCCCUCUAGAAAUCAUGAAGACUAAAUAUCACUUUUGUAUAAAUUGAGAAUGAUUAAAACACGAACACAUGGGUACUAAUUGAUGCUGUGAUUGUUUUUUGCCACAUUUAAUUGUAAAUUGAUUUAUGCCAAGUGAAAUUGAAGGUUUAGAGACCGGCCUGUUCUAAACGAAAGACUUGUGUUCCCGAAAGUCUGACAGCUGCUGGGUUUAAAAAAAUAAAAAGAUGAAUUAAUGCGUGUUGAACACCUGCAGUAAGACGUAGCCAGUUUGAUCCGACAUAUUGUCCCGAAGCGCAGCCGUCAAACAUAUUCAGACUGAUCCCAUCGGUCUUUGCAGGAUGCAGACAUUGGCGACCUUUGCCACUCAUUGCUGUGGCAACAGAAAUCUUGAGUAUUGAUCAAAAAUGUCCAAGCUGGAUAGCAUACCUAAAUGCAUUUUAGAUUUAUAAUUCAGGCUAAAAUAAAAAAAAUGUAAUACUGUGUAAAUAUCUCAAAAGAGCUUACCAUAAGAUAUAUAUAUCUAUAUAUAAAAAUAUAUAUAAAUAUAUUUUGUAGAGGAAAACAUGAUGCACAUCAGAACUGAGAGUGAGAACUGAGUAGUGUGCGGUCUACUUCAGUGACACGGCGUAACAUGGUGUGAUAUCAGUGUCUUUACUGUAUGUGAGUGCUUAAAAAUGAAAUACUAGAAGUUAGCGUAGGAAUUUAAUAUCAAUUUAUUAUCAUAGAGAGAAGACGGCACUUGCGUUGGAAGCUAGAUUAACGGGACGGUCCUUGUUUUCAAGAAUGUAAAAGUCAAUAUCCUAUUAUUUUUGUACUCAUACGUUGCUUUGUACCGUAGCAAUGCAGAACUGUACACAGAGUAGAGAAAUAUGUCGUCUAUCUAAGCUCCUGAGUUGUUCAGAAGAGAAGAAAUUGGUGCACCGAACUGUACUGUAUAUCUUUUUGUCUACAAAAAGAUCCUCACGAAAAAAAAAAGAAAAAAAAGACGGUAAAUUAGUUUUUAUAGUGCGUGUGAAUAGCAGAUAUACCUAAUUAUUUAUGGGCAACACCUUAUCAUACUGAUCAUUGAUUUUCCAUAAAAAACUUAGUUUGUUCUGCUUUUUUUCCCCCUUUUUAAAAAAUAUAAAUAUAUAUAUAUUUCUCGGCAUGAAUUGUAAUUUAUUUUCCAUUCUGUGGUGCUCUCCGCCUGUAGAAGCACUGUAGAUCCAAAUGCAUUUUGGACAGCUCCACAUUGAACAAAAGUUUUCCAACGUGAUUGUUUGUGUUUGCAGUGAAACACGCAGCGCUUCUCGACGAUCCAAAUCUGUCAGUCUAGUUCCGGCCCGGAGCACGUGCAAGUUAGCCAACGUCUAUCCGCGCCUUCUGCUCGAAAGUGGAGGUGGAGCACCGCAGCAGCUGCUAAUUGCUGCACCGCGCUCUCAGUUCAGUGCUGUAAAUUGCCAAAAGAAAAACAAAAGAAGAGACAACCAUCAACUUCAUUAUAACAACUGGUGCUAUAUAUAUAUAUAUAUAUAUAUA